CCGCCGCCACUCGAUGCAAGUUUGACUUUUUUUGGGGGGGGAGGGGGAGAAGGCUCCCCCACCACAAAAAAGAACCCAUUUUGAAAAGAAAAGAAAAAAGUGGAAGGAACUGCAGCAAAACGAUCUCUGAGCUGACUUGGAGAUGCCCUGUAUCCAAACCCAAUAUGGGAGCUUGCUUCAGAGCGGAGGCCCCUGUGAGCGCUACCCAGCGGACCUCUUGACCCCCGAGCUUGGCAAACCCACCAUGGACCUGGUUAACACAGAGAUCACUGCCGCCGCCACCUCUCUGCCCAGCUUCAGCACCUUCAUGGACAAUUACACCGGCGAAUUUGACGCUUUCCUCUACCAGAUCCCAGCCCCCAACCCGACUGCCGCCUCCUUCAAGCUGGAGGAUUUCCAAGUGUACGGCUGCUACCCCGGCUCCUUCAGCAGCCAGCUGGACGAGACUAUGUCCUCGAGUGGCUCGGACUAUUAUGGCAGCCCCUGCUCCGUCCCAUCCCCUUCCACGCCAAGCUACCAGACUUCGCAGGGGCCAUCUUGGGAGAACUCCUUUGGGGCCUACUCCCCUACGCACGCCUACGAGGGCAUGAGGCCUUGGGCGUCGGCGGCAACGGAGCCUCCGAAAAGUAGUUCCGCCCAGCCGUCCUACUUCUCUUUCGGCCCCUCAGCUCACAGCCCCGGGGUCCCCCCGCAGAGCCCGCUGAAGAUGCAGCCGCCCGCCCACCAGCACUUAGUGGACGGAGACGUCUUCUCCCUCCCACAACCCUCCUCGUCGGUGAGCUUUUCCCCUUUGCCGCUCAGCCAGGCCUCGCCGGUCCUGGACGGCUCCGGCUUAAUGGACAGUUCGCUCUCGCCAAGCAAGGGGCGCAGCCCGGGGUCCAACGAGGGGCGCUGUGCCGUGUGCGGAGACAACGCCUCGUGCCAACACUAUGGUGUCCGGACCUGUGAAGGCUGCAAGGGGUUUUUCAAGCGCACUGUACAGAAGAACGCCAAAUACAUCUGCUUAGCCAAUAAAGACUGCCCUGUGGACAAACGGAGGAGAAACCGGUGCCAGUUUUGUCGUUUCCAGAAGUGCCUUGCUGUGGGAAUGGUCAAAGAAGUGGUGCGGACGGACAGCUUGAAAGGCCGGCGUGGUCGUCUGCCCUCCAAACCCAAGCAAACUCAAGACACUUCUCCAGUCAGCCUCAUCUCCUCUCUUGUGAGAGCACACAUAGAUUCCAUACCCAGCGCAACAAAGCUUGAUUAUUCCAAGUUCCAGGAAUCUGUCUCCUACCAGUUUGAGAAGGAGGACUGUGUGGAUGUGCAGCAGUUCUACGACCUGUUGACAGGCUCGAUGGACGUCAUCCGGAAAUGGGCAGAGAAGAUCCAGGGCUUCCUAGAGCUUCCGAAAGAGGAUCAAGACCUGCUUUUGGAAUCUGCUUUUUUGGAGCUCUUCAUUCUCCGGCUAGCGUACAGGUCCAAGCCAGAAGAAGGCAAGCUGAUAUUCUGCAACGGGGUGGUAUUGCAUCGGAUGCAGUGUGUCCGAGGCUUUGGAGAGUGGAUCGACUCCAUCAUUGAGUUCUCCCAGAGCCUCCACCGCAUGAACAUCGAUGUGCCCUCCUUCUCCUGCCUUGCAGCGCUUGUCAUCAUCACAGACCGCCAUGGGUUAAAAGAGCCAAAGAAGGUUGAAGACCUCCAGAACCGCAUUGUCAGCUGCCUUAAAGACCACGUGACUUCCACCACCAACGAGCAGCUCCACCCAAACUGCCUCUCGAAGCUACUGGGCAAGCUCCCCGAACUCCGCACCCUUUGCACUCAAGGGCUCCAGCGCAUCUUCUACCUGAAGCUCGAGGACCUGGUCCCCCCGCCACCCAUUGUGGACAAAAUAUUCAUGGACACGCUGCCUUUCUGAGGACUCUGAAAGAAAGAAGGAAGCUGCCGUAAAUGGGCGGUGCUUCCUGUUUGGAGGGAGGGUGGCUUUAUAUAUAUAUAUAUAUAUAUUUGGGAGUGGUGGCAGAUGGACAGAAACUGGCAGAUCUUGGAUUUCCUUGCCACCCCAUCAUCUGGAGGGGAGUUUGCAGGAACAUUUUUCUCCCCCAGAGGACAUUACAGAGGAUGUUAAAAAACUUUCAGCCUAGUGGUCGGAAGAUGGAGGCCACUAGCCUUAUCACGCCGCCCCUCUUUCUCCUUUAGUCCACCCUUUUUGAUCUCGGAGUUUAGUGGGACAUUGCUCUCCUCCUCUCUUCUCCUCUUCCGCUCUCUCUGAACUUCGGACAACAUUUUUGGACUUUGUGUUCUCUCUUUUUUUUAACCUUGUGGGGAUUGGGGGAGGGGGGGAAUCCCAGUGUGCCUUCUAGGGUUACAUGCACAAUAUCCCUAAAAUGAUGCUGCCUUGUCUCAUGUAACCCGCCAACGGCUCCACGUGCAAUGCGACACCUAAAUUCCAUACAGUUGCACAGAUCAGCUUUGUGUGAUACAUGUGGAAUAUGUUGGUGUUUUGUGUGUUUUUUUUAAAAAAAAAUGUUAUUUUUUUUAAAUAGUCCAAGGCUGGUUAGGGAUUAAAAAAAAAAGAAUUGCUUUCUCUUACUUUAUCCAUGUUGCUGGCCCUGGCGAAGAAUUCCCUCUCAAGUAUGGGAACUGGAUGAGGUUUUGUUCCCCCCCCCCAAACUCCCUUGCUUAAAAGCUGCUUGCAAUCUUGAACUCGGUGCAACUUGGGGGAAGUGGCAGUGCAGUUUUGCCGUAAGUAAGCACAUAUCCCUCCAACAGCUUCUUCCUCCCACCUGCUGCGCUUCAUCAGUGGCAGCCCGGUUUUGUCGGAUGGUGUUUUUGUGUUGUUGGUUUUUUUUGUAAAAGUUGUACAUAAGAGGAUCGGCAUGUUGGCUUUGUAAAUACAGAUGAAUGGAUGAUUGAUUGAUUGAAUGAAUGGCAGAGGAGGGGAAACAGGGAGGGGGGGUGUCUUCUGUAUGAGCCGCUGAGAAAUGUGCUUCAGCCUAAACCUGCAACACCUUCUGCCUUUCUGUGUAUAUAACUUUGUAUUGUAAAGUCUGCCAAACUUUUUUUUUUUUGACAUUUAUAUUUGUCUAUCCCUCCUUUCCAAUUUCCAGUAUGUGACUUUUUCCAAUUAUUAAUAUAUAUUUAAUAUAUUGAAUUAAAAAAAAAAACCUGAGUAGAUGUACUUCUAAUCCCGCUUGUUUCUUUGCUUGCUCGCGGGACGCGUGCGUCGGUGUAAACUGAGCUGUUUGAAACGGGAGUUUCCUUUUAAAAGGAGACAGUCUCUUUCUGGGUUUUCUGUCCUAGCUUACCUUAACUUGAAAGGUUAAAGAGGGAGUCAGGCACUACCUCCUUAUGACAUGUGUGCCCUUUUGUGUUGCCAUCUUUCCUGGUCAAACAGGUUUUGUGAAACAUAAGCUGCUGCUUUUCACAAAGCUUUUAAGACCAUUGUCCACUUAGCCCAAAAGCUCUGCAGCUUCUCUCCCAGCCCUCUCUCGGAGAAGUUGCCCAGGAUCGAACCUGGGGACCUAAUGUAUGUAAACCUAUGUGCCCCUAUCCCUGAGCUAUGACCCCAAAGUCUGUGUACCAGCAGUAAAAAUGGCAGGUGUGUUCACUCCCCCAAGCAGGAAUCUCUCGCUGUCUUCAGCCCUAAACGGCUGCUCUUAAUGAAAAUAUAAAUAGUGUUACUUUAAAAAAGGGGUAUUCGCUCAUUUUGCACAAAUCUGAUGAUAGAACUUGCCAACUUUGAGGUGGUCUAUAUCUCCAUCCUUAACCAAGCAAACUUUAAUCACUUUGAGAAGUAACACUGUACACAUUCUGCUUGAGAGGUUUUGAAAACCAUAGAAUUGGAGAGUUGGAAGGGACCCCGAGAGUCAUCAAGUAGUCCAAUCCCCAGCUCUUGCUGUCAGAAAGUUCUUCCUGAUGUUGAGUCGGAAUCUCCUUUCUUGUAACUUGAAUCCAUUGGUUUGAGUCCUACCCUCCAGAGCAGGAGAAAGGAAGCUUCCGCCAUCUUCUAUGUGGCAGCCCUUGAGAUAUUUUGAAGAUGGCUAUCAUGUCUCCUCUCAGUCUCCUCUUUUCCAGUUUAAACAUACCCAGCUCCCUCAUAAGUCUUGGUUUCCAGACCCUUGAUCGGGGUCAGCAACCUUUUUCAGCCAUGGGCCGGCCCACCGCCCCUCAGACCAUGUGGUGGGCCAGACUAUUUGGGGGAGGGGGUGUGAACAAAUUCCUAUGCCCCACAAAUGCAUUUGAAAGAAAAGGACACAUUCUACUCAUGUAAAAACACCAGGCAGGCCCCACAAAUAACCCAGAGAUGCGUUUUAAAUAUAAGGACACAUUCUACUCAUGUAAAAACACGCUGAUUCCCGGACCAUCCGCAGGCCGGAUUGAGAAGGCGAUUGGGCCACAUCCGGCCCACGGGCCUUAGGUUGCCUACACCUGCCCUUGAUCAUCUCGGUUGCCUUCCUCUGCACGUGUUCCAACUUGGUCAAUAUUCUCCAGGCAAUCAAAAAGCACAGAGGGAAUUUAUUUCAUAUUGUUCAAGCAUCUAUCCUGUGAACUGGGAUGCAAAGUUCUAUUGUCUCAUGGGAGCCACUGGUAUGUGAAAAGCUUUUUAACCUGAAGUAGAAACAGUGCUGAAAAUGGGAGACGACAUUGGGUAUAUUGUAAGGAGAGAAUGGGGCCAGGAGAUCUGUGACAUGAAAACUCACUCCUCACGGAUAAGUUCUCUUGAAAGAAACAUUUUUGAGAGAGAGAGAGAGAGAGAGAGAGAGAGAGAGAGAGAGAGAGAGAGAGAGAGAUUCAUGCCCUAUUUGGAUGUGAAAGUUUUCUGCAUUCCCUGGUUAAAUAUUGCAGGAUGUAACCACAAGCUGCCACAGAAGACAGACCCCUUAUCCACCAGUUUCUUCCUUCCUUCCUUCCUUCCUUCCUUCCUUCCUUCCUUCCUUCCUUUCUUCCUUUCUUUCUCUCUCUCUCUC